AUGGAUAUUUGGCAGAUUAACCAGCUGGGGCAUCGCUCUGUUCCCUCCUUGUGGACCAGUGGAAAGAACGAUGGAGCCACGGAACUGUCCCUCGGUGAUCUCCGCCAAACGCCUACGUCUGUGCAAGUGUUCAACGCAUGUUUAUUUGAUAAACUACGGGGCCGCAGCGACGACUGCGGACUCGGGCUGACUGAAGAGAGACCCGCCUCAAGGAGUAAGCUUGUGCAAGAGGACAAUGACAAAGCAGCUGCCCCCGAAAGCAGGAGCAUUCUUGCCCGCUUGUCAGCGCGUGCGCCGCAAAGUUUGACGGAUACGCGACAACGCCCCAGCUUGCGCGCGCACGCAAAGGAUCGGCUCGGACAGCAAAAGAUAAUGCACGAGAAGAUUUCAGCGUCUACAGAUACAAAAAAGCUGCUUUGGGAGGCGCAGAUGGCCGUGGCAGCGCACCAAUACACAUUGGCUGCUGCACUGUAUCGGCGCGCGGCAAACCUGGGCAGUGGUUUUGCAUGUGCCGCGUUGGCCAAGCUGUUUGGCUUUGGCGUCAUGCGUCCCACGCAAAAGACAUUUUUGUUCGAGCGCGACACACUGCGCGGUAUUGCAUGGGGUUUACUUGGGGUGGAGCAAUUGACAGAACAGGUCAAGGCCGCAGAUACGCAAAGCAGCGAAUAUGCAUCGCUCUGGUCUCUCUUGAACCAAAUGCUGGUGUUGCUGUGUACUUUUGUAUGCGCACCAGAAGUGUUCCGCACGCUUGUUUUUACUGAACAACAUGCAGACCUUUCCAUGCACCUACUCCUCUUGUUCCCACGCGCCUACGAAUUGUGGAGUCCCUCGUCCGAUCUUGCUGAGGCGCUCCAAAUGGAAGAAAACUCGAUCAAUAUUUGGUUUUCCAUGCGUAUAACAAUGGUCCAAGUCGCUUCACUGGUCUCGUACAGCCCCAAGACAGUGGAUGCGUCCGAUCAUGCUUCGUUGGAGCCCAUCCAAGCACUGACUCGUCUUCAUGUCAAAUUUCUCGAGUCGUUCUUGGCGAUGCGUACUGCAUUUGCGACCAAGCUGCCUGGGUCGACCGAAGCUGCGCAUACUUCUUGGUCGACGUACCUGGCUGAGAGCAAGCUGUUGCCACAGUCUGUCCAUCUUGCUCGCUUUCAGCAGGUGGCCGCCGAGGGACUUGCUUGGGCUGCGCCUGACACCGCGCAGAAUACUAGCGAAGUGACGAGUGAUAGCGAAUUUGCAGCGCUGUCGCAACGCAUCCUGCGUAUUUUCCCGUUCGCAAAAGAGCAAUCCAUAUCGCGACGCACUGCACUCAAUGCGUUCCAGGACGUAAGCAACACAAAGGAUACAAAUCAAGGUUCUUUUCCGCCCAAGCCACGUUUGCACAAAUCCGCAUCGUCGGCGAGUCUCAUGUUGACCAACGGUCUAUUACAAAACAAUGGGCCCACCCUCUUGGCACGCCCAUCCAUCUCUCUGGCCGAAUCUUCGCAGCCGUUGUCGGAUCAUAUUCAUGCUACUGGCAAGCAACAACCGUUAUACUCCGGGUCAACUUCAGACAAAUUGCGCUCGAUGACAAGUGUCAUCGCAACCCGACAGCGGGCCACUACUGCGCCGAAGCGCGGCGCGCGUCGUCUUUCUACUGCAUCGACCGCAGAAAUGCCUUCUUAUCUCACGCAGAUGAAUGAGUCAUUUACUUCGCAAACACGCCGGCGUACAUCCAGCAUUGUUUCUGUUUCGCCGUCGCUCUUGAUCCCGUCUGGGAGCGGUGCUUCUGUGCAGAAUGCCUCUGACGCGCCUACGGCUUUCGUCAAAGGAGAGGUUGCGCACGCAAAUGCAAGCCCCUUUAAGCUAUCUGGAGUCUCCUCCAUGCAAAAUCUGCGUGCACAGCUCCAGCGGCAAACGUCGACACAAAACUUGAAAGGUGGUUCUACGCUCCGUUGA